AUGUUGCGAGCUCCACAGCCACGCCAGUCGUCGUCCUCGCGGAGCAACAACAUGGCCACCGCAGAAAAGUCCAGCUCGCGCGACCCAGCGCUGCCGCAGCACGAGCCCGUCCGCCACAAGCACGACGACGGCAAUGGCUACUCGACCAUGACCCCCCACAUCAAGGCCGCCGGCGAGAGCGGCCGCCGGGGCUUCGGCACCGAGUUCUUCGGCAUCGCCUGGAGGUCCUCGUGCAAGGCCUCGUGCGCCGUCAACGUCCUGUGGCCCGUCGUCCCCGCGGCCAUCGCCGUCAAGUACGCCGCCAGGGACCAGCACCUCGCCAUCUUCAUCCUCGCCUACAUCGCCAUGGUCCCCUGUGCCAACCUCAUCGGCUUCGCCGGCCAGGAGUUCGGCCGCAAGAUGCCCCCCGUCGCCGGCGUCCUCGUCGAGACCACCUUCGGUUCCAUCGUCGAGAUCAUCCUGUUCCUGGUCUUGGCUGUCCAGGAGAGAAACGAGGAGAUUAUCAAGGCCGCAAUCCUCGGUUCCAUCUUGGCCAACCUGCUGCUCUGCCUGGGGCUCUGCUUCUGGGCCGCCGGAAUGCGCCGUGAAGAGUCCCACUUCAGCGAGGCCAUCACCGAGGCCGGCUGCGGUCUGCUUCUCACGGCUGGCAUCGGUCUCGCGGUGCCUACCGUGUUCACGCUGGCCUUCCAAAAUACCGGAGGACAGACCGCCGAGGCCCUCGCCAGCACUGUGCUGCAGGUCUCCCGCGCCACGGCCGUCAUGCUGAUCAUCGCCUACGUCGUCUACGUCUGGUUCAUGGGGCACACUCAUCAUGGUAUUUACGAAGCAGUGUUCGAGUAUGACGAGGAGCGCGAUCAUGAUGCCCACAAGGACGCACACAAGCCGAAGCUCACGCUCACUGAGUGUGUGGUUGCGCUACUGAUAUCUAUUGCCCUGGUCAGCGUCAUCGCCAUAGCCCUAGUCCAAGAAAUCCACUACAUCGUCGAGGACCACGGCAUCUCGGACCCCUUCAUGGGCCUGAUCCUCGUGCCCCUAGUAGAAAAGGCGGCCGAGCACAUCACAGCCAUCGACGAGGCCUGGGACAACCAGAUGAACCUUGCCCUCUCCCACGUCCUGGGCGCGACGCUGCAGACGGCCCUCUUCAACGGGCCCUUCAUCGUCAUCGUCGGCUGGGGCAUGAAGUUCGACAUGGGGCUCGACUUUGACGUCUUCAACCUCGUCAUGCUGAUCCUCGCCAUCAUCACGGUGGGCAACUUCCUUCGUGACCAAAAGAGCAACUACCUCGAGGGCUUCCUGAUGAUCGUCGUGUACGUUAUUAUCGCCAUCGCGGCCUUUUACAACCCCACGCUGGCGGAGGCUGGCGGGGCUGCUGGCGAGGGCACCGAGGCCGCUGAGACGCAUGCGCGAUCCCUCUUGGGGCUGUAG